AAGGUAUCAAAAGUUGAAAACUUUUAGUGUAUAGGGGCUGAAAAGUACAUAUGACUUGAUUACCGGUACCAAUUGGUGAUUUAGUCACAAAAGACUGAACAAAUAAAAUAAUAAAAAAAAGUAACGAAAAGAGCGACUUCACGUUUUCCAUUUCCAAAAAUCACCACUCUGUUCCGUCUUCUCAUUUUUCUUUAUUUCCUUCCUUCUCUCUCUCUCUCAGACCUCAGCAAAGCAUCACCAUAGCCGCCGCCCACCACUUCCUCCGAUUCUGUCCUCUCCCGUUCCGAAUUAAUCUAAUUCGGGAAAGUAGAAGAUUCCGCGAGAAAUUUCCUCGGUUGAGACCUAAUUCCCACGCCGCCGAGAUAUGGAGCGAGAUUUCAUGGGGUUGGGAUCGCAGCACCUGAACAAGGCUACCGUGAAGGAGGAGACUCCUGCAGAAUCCGCCGCCAAGGAUUCCGUGACCAUGAGGAACUCUGGAGGAGCUCAGUGGUCAUUUUCAUCCAACAAGGUUUCUGCUGUUCCACAGUUUUUGUCAUUUCAGACUGCUCCUGAAGACAAACCAAGGAAAAGUAUAUUUGAUCCGGUAGCCUCGUCAAGCUUCAUGUCUAUCUCAAAUGCUGAUACUUUCGACUCCAGCAACAAGAGAGGCUCUGCUUCCUUCAUACAGAAAAAUUGGAUGGAAGCUGGAAGCCAUCAUCGCAAAAUGGCAGCUCGCCCAAUGCAGCAGCACAUUGAUGCAUUCCCUUUGGGAUCCACCAAGGAUAUUAAAAAGUUCCCUCUGUCUAACGGACACCAAAAUGCUCCUCUUUCUUUGGGCACUCCUGUUCUGCAGUCUCAUUUUGCUUCCACUACACAUAGCGGUUUCAGAAACUCCAUGACCAUACAACCCCUCGGUGGGGUUCCAGUUGCAACACCUAUUCCUGUCGUUCCAGCUUCAACAAGCUCUGUAAUUGGCACUACCGAGCCCCGGAAUACCCCCAAGUUCUCUGGCUCCUCUGCCCAGUUAACCAUCUUUUAUGCUGGUUCUGUUUGUGUUUAUGAUGAAGUCUCCCCUGAACAGGCACAGGCUGUUAUGUCAAUGGCUAGAAGAAGCGGGCCAUCUCCUUCUCGUAAUAAUAAGCCAGCUUCAACUCCAGCUUCCCAAAUGCAGCCUGCUGUCCAAACCUCCCUCGUUAUGGACCAUCAUUUUGCAGCGAACAAAUUCAGUAAAACACCUCCAGUGUCAAGCAUGCCGAGUCCCAUUUCUGUGAGCUCAAGUACGAGCAGUGAAUCCGGAACAGCGAGAUCCCUCGUGUCAUCACCUAACAUCCAUUUCGAGCCAUCUUCGAUCCAAACUAGUUCCUGUGGAGGACCUGCUCCCAUUGCAGUAGGGCUGCCUCAGCAGGUUCGUAUACCCCAGGCCCGGAAAGCAUCAUUGGCUCGGUUUUUGGAGAAGCGCAAAGAAAGGGUGUCCAGUGCAUCGCCUUAUUCGGCAAGUAAGAACUCUUCGGAAGGCGACGUCUGUGCCUGAGGAUGAAAGAGCCUCAACCCCCCAACUUGAAAAUCUCCAGAUAAAUUGGCUUGUCGAAAUGUAUGUUUUGUAAUGGGCCAACAAAUUUUCCUGCAAAGUUAAAAGUUUCAUAGUUCUUUUUUGUUAACGAGACUGUCAGUCAGGCAUUCAGUUCCAUUCUUUUCAGCCUAUAUAUAGAUAUAUAUAGUUGGGUAAAGAUUUAGAUUCGUUGUCGUCGUUGUUAUGAUAUUGUGAGUCCUUGUUCUACCUUACAUAUAUAUAGUAAGCUGAUUACUUGGAAUCGGAGUCUUCCCUUCUUCUGUACGGCCGUCCGGCUGACCAACCACCCGGCCAAUGGACCUAUAAUAUCCUGAACCUCCUCGCUUGUAAUGUCUAAACUUCCAUGAUGUUGUAAAAUUAUCAACUGGUAUUUAUGUCCAAUUCUCCUCAAAGCCUUGUUCGUGUGUUGUUUCCUUGAAUGCUAUAAUGCAAUGAUUGUAA